AAAUUGCUCAACGAUAAGUUCACAUAAUUCAUUAAAGGCCUUAGAACAACGGAAGCAGUACUAUGACGCAAGGGACACUUUACACGUCGGCCGCCGUUUGCCUUUUGUGUUUGGGGGCCGUGAGCGCUCAAGUGUUCGGACCAGGUUCCUGUCCCAACGUAAAUGCGCAGAGUACGUUCAAUCUAACGAGGUACCUGGGUGACUGGUUCGAGCAGUACAGAUUUUACGCUGCGUUCGAGAGCGGCCAGGAUUGCGCCAAGGCAAAUUACCAACUCAAACCUGACGGUCACAUCCGCAUUUUCAACAGUGGAUUCAAGAACGGGAAUCCCGUCAACGCCACAGGUGACGCCUACGUAGCAGAUCCUGUGAAUGCCCCCGCAAAGUUGAAACUGAGGUUUUCAUCUCUGGCCCCCUACGGCGACUAUUGGGUGAUAGAUACGGACUAUGACCACUAUACCUUCAUAUACACGUGCAGCAACGUGCUAGGCCUGACGCACUACGAGUUCGCGUGGAUACUCACGAGAUCGCCCGUGAUUUCGGAGGACGUCAAGACGAAACUAUUCAACGAGGCUAAGGCUUUAAAGAUCGAUACGACCCAUUUUGCAACCCAGAACAGAACAAACUGCCCAGAUGGCAUUGCGCUAUAAUCGCUUUUCUUGUUUAAGUUGUUUUUCAAAUGAUAUUACUUUUUUACUUUUUGUAAAUACAAUAAAAUUGUUAAUAAUUAA